GGAGGAAGGAGGCGGGGACACAUGGCGUCCGUCAUCGCGGCUGAAAGAGGAGGAGAGGAGAGCAGUGAGCACGCAUCUCAUCUCCAGUCCAAACAUCACAAUGUGUCGCUGACGACCAGCAGGCUGCACGCACACGAGCGGACGACAGGAGCAGAAAGCGGAAUAUAAAAAGGGGCGACAUGUUCGGCAUGAUCAAGAACUCUCUGUUCGGGAACACCGAGGAGACGCAGUACAAGUUGCUGAGCACCGAGACCAAGGAUGGAGUAAGCUUUGAGGUACGGCGAUACGAUGCUGCCAAAUAUGCCGUGGUCUCCUCGGAGGGACGCACCUUCGACCAGGUGACAGGAGAGUUGGUGAGGAAGCUGCUCAUGUACAUUGGUGGCAGCAAUGAACAAGGCGAAUCGAUGGGAACGGCGGCACCAACCAUCAUCACGGUAUACCCCCGGAACGACGGUGUGCUAUCACGCCGUCUGGUGGUCGCCAUCCGUAUCCCCGCCAUCUACCAGCAAGGCCCCCCGACGCCUACCGACAGUGCCAUCAAGAUUGAGGACCGGCCUGGCAUGACUGUCUAUACACUGCAGUUUGGAGGCUUCGCGGCCGAGAGCGAGUACCGAGCGGAGGCUUUGCGCCUGACACGCACCCUCGGGGAGACGGCGCCCUUCCAGCGAAAACAAUACUUCUGCUGCAGCUACGACUCGCCCAUCAAACCUUAUGGACGACGCAACGAGGUGUGGUUUAUACAGGAGGAGCCUUAGUGGUGUGGACUUCAUUCUCUUUUCACUGACACUCCCAACACUCUGCAGAGAGAACUCUACUGUACUUAAUCCUUUUCUUUGGGGAAAAAACAUAAUUACUAUAUUGUUGAAGCACAAGACGUGUGAAGUGUGUAGUAAGUUUGUGAGUUGAAGUAAAAAAUAUAUAUAUUAUA